GGGCGAGCGGGUUGUUGCGGGGUGUUGAGCGCGCAGCCCGGCCGGGGUCUCCUCAGCGGCGGUGUGCAUUGUUCGGAGCGGCGGAACCAUGAGGGGCGACCGAGGCAGAGGCCGUGGCGGACGCUUUGGUUCCAGGGGAGGCCCUGGCAGGGGGUUCCGGCCCUUUGUGCCGCACAUCCCCUUCGAUUUCUAUGUUUGCGAAAUGGCUUUUCCCCGCGUCAAACCCGCCGCCGACGAGUCCGCGUUCAGCGAAGCUUUGCUGAAGAGAAACCAGGAUCUCGCUCCGACCGCCGCCGAACAGGCUUCUAUUCUUUCUCUGGUGACCAAAAUCAACAACGUGAUCGACAACUUAAUUGUAGCGCCCGGAACAUUUGAAGUGCAAAUUGAGGAGGUUCGCCAGGUGGGCUCCUACAAGAAGGGCACCAUGACCACGGGGCACAACGUGGCCGAUCUGGUGGUGAUUCUGAAAAUCUUACCCACGUUGGAAGCCGUGGCAGCUUUGGGAAACAAAGUGGUGGAAAGCCUGAGAGCGCAGGACCCCAGCGAAGUCCUGACCAUGCUGACCAACGAGACCGGCUUUGAGAUCAGCUCGGCCGACGCCACCGUGAAGAUCCUCAUCACCACGGUGCCGCCCAACCUCCGCAAGCUGGACCCCGAACUCCACCUGGAUAUCAAAGUGCUGCAGAGCGCCCUGGCUGCCAUCAGACACGCCCGCUGGUUCGAGGAGAACGCGUCACAGUCCACGGUGAAGGUCUUAAUCCGGCUGCUGAAAGACCUGAGGAUUCGAUUCCCCGGCUUCGAGCCCCUCACGCCCUGGAUUCUGGACCUGCUGGGGCACUAUGCGGUGAUGAACAAUCCCACCAGGCAGCCCCUGGCUCUCAACAUCGCCUACAGGCGCUGCCUUCAGAUCCUGGCUGCCGGGCUCUUCCUCCCCGGAUCCGUCGGCAUCACCGAUCCCUGCGAGAGCGGAAACUUCCGAGUCCACACGGUGAUGACCCUGGAGCAGCAGGACAUGGUGUGUUACACGGCGCAGACGCUCGUCCGGAUUCUCUCGCACGGAGGCUACAGGAAAAUCCUCGGCCAGGAGGGCGACGCCAGCUAUUUGGCUUCCGAAAUGUCUACGUGGGAUGGAGUGAUAGUGACGCCUUCCGAGAAGGCGUAUGAGAAGCCUCCGGAGAAGAAAGAAGGAGAAGAGGAGGAGGAGAAUCAGGAAGAACCGGCCACGGGCGAGGAGGAGGAAAGCAUGGAGACGCAGGAGUGAGCUGACGCCGGUCGUGCUGCUGCCUGCAGCCGGCAGCGCGGGCAGGGGACGGAAGGCUUUGGGCUGCCCGCGCCCCCCUGCGAGCCCCCCCUUACCGGGAGUGCUGCCUGAAGGACACAAAGAACCGAGCCCGUCCCAGCGCGCGCAGCCCACGUCACCUGUCCCCUGUAUUUGUUUUUAUAAGUUGCCCAAUUACACCGUUCCAACCCCCA